AUGGCCUGUCAUCUCUGUCCCCUCUUCAAUCUCCGACUCUUGCUGCUGCUCGGCGCGGUUCUCGUGAACGCCGACCUCGGCCGGGGCGGCGGAGCGGAGGCUUCAGAUCGGGUGGAGCCGGACCCGUACUCGAUCCUGAUGUGGCACGACUACUCGCCGUCGUUGCCCCCGCUCCCGCCCCCGGACCCGCCGUCGCCGACGGCGACAUGUGACGGGGACCUCCACGGGAAGGGGGACUUCCACACGCGCUGUGAGGUCUCCGAGGAAGUGGAGCUGGACGACGACGUCUACAUCACGGGGAACGGCAGCCUCGUGCUCCUCUCUGGCGCCUCCCUGACCUGCGAGAAGUACAGGUGCGUUAUAUCCGCCAAUUUCUCAGGCGAGGUGCGCCUCAGCCGCGACGUCCGCGUCACAGCCGGCAGGGUCUCGUUGGUUGCCACCAUCAUCACGGUCGCUGACACGGUCGUUGUGAAUACCACCGCGCUCGCUGGUGAUCCGCCUGAUCGGACCAGUGGCGUUCCCACGGGGACGCACGGUGACGGUGGCGGGCACGAUGGCCGUGGCGCCAGCUGCUUCGUCAAGCAAGGGCAGACGCAGGAGGAUUCAUGGGGCGGCGAUGCCUAUGCAUGGUCUGACCUCGAACACCCCUGGAGCUACGGGAGCAAAGGGGGCUCGACCAGCGUCGAGAAGGACUAUGGUGGUGCCGGUGGUGGCAUCGUGUGGCUGUUUGCUGAGGACCUGGUCAUGAAUGGCACAGUUCUCGCCAACGGUGGGGAUAGCAAUGAGAAGGGUGGAGGUGGUUCUGGAGGGAGCAUCUUUAUAAAGGCUGCAUCGAUUGAUUUGAGAUGUGGGAAUGCAAGCUUAGUUAAUCAAGCAGAAUUUGGAAAACAGUUACCAAUUGGGAAGACCAGCAGUAUAAAUUGGUGAGAAAUAUAUGGCAGGAAAACAGUUCCUGAAAAGUGUAUCUUUCUGUCUCAUGCUAUUUUUUCUUGUAUAUUUUGGGGGGCCAAAACAUGUAUUCAUGACGACAUUUUUUAUAUGGCAGGAGCUAGAUGUGAUGAUGAGAAAUCACUUCGUAUGUCUCAAAUGAGCUUGGCGAAGAAAUUUGGCUAAUCUAGAUCUUUUGUUGCCUCCACUCUGAUGGAAUAUGGUGGUGCUCCUCAGUCUACAACUCCAGAAUCUAUUCUUUCAGUUUUAUAUUUAUUGUUGUUAUUGCUCAGUUUUGGUUACACAAGUUUGUGUUCCUGCAGGUUUUGGAUCCUGAAGGAGAAAGCGGGUCCUAAGGGAGGAAGCAGAGCAAUUGGAGCUCGAACUGGAGAUGCGUAGAGAGUUAAGGGAGUAGAUGUUGCAACUCUUGUGGCCUACGCUCGAGCUGAAGCCAGAUUAGUGGUUAAUGUUAUGAAUUACUUUAACAAUAGCGGAGUUCUCUUUGAAUU